AUGGUGCUUCGGGUAGUGGUGAUUCUUGCUUUGGACAUGGGUGAACCGGAGGUGCAGGCGGGUUUGAGUUCAAGUGAAGAACCGGAAUUCAAUCAUCACAGGGUGCUGUGUUGUAUUUUAUGCUCCAAACCUGAAAUCGACGUUGUAUUCUGUUUUGUCCUGCUCUUUCUUUUAGUAAAAGAUACCGAAAAAAGAAAGAGAAAGAGACAUACAUCAGUCUUCCCGAUAGUAUCAAAAUUUACCAAAACCCUAAGGAUCAAGAAGUAA